GUUCCACAAUGAUUCUUACUCUCUCCUUCACCCCUAUUUUUUCCAGGUUUUUACACUGAAGCAAGCAUUUUAGAUGCAAUAACAAAAGCGUAUUUUAUUUUGUUACAGCUUCACCCUUUAUUUCAAUACUUUGGAUGGCAGCUGAUGGCAAAGCCACGAUCCCUUUGCGUCAGAAGACGAGAAAGAAAAAUCAAGGUUUUUACACCAUGAGUCGCCGAAGGAUCUCAUGUAAGGAUCUCGGACUGGCUGAUUGUCAGGGUUGGCUGUAUAAAAAAAAGGAAAAAGGAGGCUUUAUUGGCAACAAAUGGAAAAAGUUUUGGUGUGUCCUGAAGGCUUCGUCUUUAUACUGGUAUAGCAAUCAACUGGCAGAGAAAGCAGAAGGCUUCCUCAACCUUCCCAACUUCACAGUGGAUCAAGCAACAGAAUGCAAGAAAAAACACGCGAUGAAGAUCACACAUCCACAAAUCAAGACAUUCUAUUUUGCAGCAGAAAAUGUACACGAAAUGAAUAUAUGGCUAAAUAAAUUAGGCGUGGCAGUCUUAGACCAACAGGCUAAUAAAAAAAAUGAAGAAGAAUGCUAUAGUGAAAGUGAGCAUGAAGAUCCAGAAAUAAAUGCAGAGACACCACCCCCUCCAUAUUCAGAUCAGUUGCUGCUGUCUGAUUUGGCCCAGCAAGAGCUUUCCUCAACAUCACAUUUUUUAAAUGAACUACCACAGUCCUUAUCUUCCCCAGAAAGUAGUACGAUGAAAUCCACAGGCUCCUCUUCUUCCUCACUGUGCAACCUAUUGCAUUCAGAGAGACAGUUGUGGCUGGACUUAAUUAACAGCUCUUCUCCUCAAGAAGAAGUGGACAAUCAACCUCCAGCUGCCUCCGGUGACUCUUCAGACACUGAUUGCUGGUUGACAGACUGUAAUGAAAGAGUGGAAAGCGGUACCAACAGAUCCAAGGAAAACAGUCCGAUUACAGUGAAUGAAGACAAAUCUUCAUUAGGCAAGGCCAAUGAUAACUUAGCUGUACCUGGAAAAAUAGCAUCGGCAACUCUAAGUAAAGAUCGUACCAAAUGUUCUGUGGAUGAAAUGGAGAAACUAUAGUCUUUAGAGCAAGCAAGUUUAUCUCCCAUUGGGGACCGGCGACCUUCUAAAAAAGAGUUGAGAAAGUCCUUAUCAAAAGGAGCAAAAAACCCUUCUGUAAAUGAGAAACUUCAUAAAAUCCGAGCUCAUAGUACCUUAAAGUGCAAAGAACAUGACUUGGCCAUGAUAAACCAGCUACUGGAGGACCAUAAGCUAACAGCAACAAAGUAUAGAGAAUGGAAGAAUACAAUCAUUUUGAUUCAAGAUUUCUAUCAGCCACCAGACACUAUGUCUACAACUGAUGGAUAACACACAGAAUCAGAAAUGACCCCACAAUCAUCUUUCAUGGAUAAUAGUAUUCACUGGAAAUACUAUCUGAGGACAGUGAACUUUCCAUCACUGAUCUCUUCAGUCAUUCAGUUUGAACUGCACAUCGUCAGGUUUGCUUCCAUAGGUACUCUACUUUUCUGAACUGGAACAGACCAGUCCUGAAUUAACCAAUAGAAAAAUAAGCACAUGCUUAGGGUACUAAGGAAGUGGGGUCACCAUAGAGGUUUUUCCCCCCUAACGAUCAUGCUUUAAUUCUUUCACUGCUACACUCAACUUUAGUUUUCAGCACUUACUAAGUCUUAUGUCUUGUCAAUUAAGCAAUGGAAACGUUGAGGAGCAGUAUUAUUAGAGUAUUAUUAUUAUCAGGUUUAGAGCAUCAGUUUGACCUUAAUCUGCCCCUGGAACACAGAGACUGCUGUCUAGAGCAUGACUCCCUUUCCAUAUCAAUAAGAUAGGAAAAAUCUCCUCUAAUGAAUCCCAUCAUGAUACAACUCUUGUUACAGUUCUAAGAAGACUUUUAUCUGGUGGAUGAGAUUGGGAUACCUUUUGUAAAAUCACCAACUUUACAAUAAGAAUAAUAUUUUAGAAAAUAUGUUUCUCAGUUUCUUAAUGUAGGUACAUACACAAUAAGAUUGGGCCAUUUAAAUUUGGUUGAGAGAGAGAAGCAGAACACUUCAGGUUGGGGAAAAAAAAACCUACCAGGGUAAGAAUUAUACAAAAUGCACUAUUUUGCCACAGCUCAUCAUAUGUUAAUUGUUUCUGCUGAUGGAUGGUUUUGAGUCACAGAAGAAAUAAAUAAAAGAGGGUUGGUGUUUGUAUUCUAUAUAACCUUCUCAUGAUCUAUUCAAAGGACAUAGUUGCGGCCAUAAUAAGCUUCAGGUUUAUGGGGAAAAAUCAAUUUAUCAUGUCUGCAAAGUUGUGUUUGAAUUGGUUUUUAUGAGCAAAUAAUUCAU